AUGGCUGCAAAAGAUGCGAAAGUACCAAGGUAUAAAUUCCAAAUUCCAAGUGCAGAGGAGGUGGAUCAACCUGCAGCAGGUUUAAAAAAAGGUUCUGUGUUUUCUUCACUUAAAAGACCGGCAAAUUCUGAAGACAGCCAAGAAAUCAGUGCAGCAAGAGGCGGAAUUAAAGUUUCUUCUAUUAUAGAACCACACCAGUCAAAUCCUACCGAGGCAAAUACCAAGACUACAGACUUAUCGCAAAAAAUAAAGGAGAAAGAUAGUUAUUUAAGUAGCACGGAGAUUGCUAAAAGAAAAAAUAAUGAUGGAAAGAUAGAAGUGACUGAACCAACUGCUGUUGAUAAACGAAACGAUGUGGCUGUUGAAAAGGAAGAAAUGGCCGUCGAAAAGGAUAGGUCCAAACAGACACCAUCCUUCAAAUCCAGCAGUAAUUCAAUCAUUGUGAGUGCCCGUCAGCGUGGAAACCCAGUCUUAAAACAUAUCCGGAAUGUUGCAUGGGAGUUUGGUGAAAUUGUUCCAGAUUAUGUUUUAGGGCAAAAAGCAUGUGCCCUUUUCCUGAGUCUACGGUACCAUAAUUUCAAUCCUGAAUACAUUCAUGACAGACUUAAACAUCUUGGGAACUCUUUUGAACUGAGAAUUCUUCUUGUUCUUGUUAAUGUGAAAGACCCACACUCUUCACUGAAAGAACUUUCAAAAAUCUGUAUACUUGCCAAUUGUACCCUGAUUUUAUCUUGGAGUAAUGAAGAAGCUGGCAGAUACCUUGAGACAUACAAAGUGUUUGAGAAUAAACCAGCAGAUGUUUUACAAGAACGGGUGGAUGGUGAUUAUCAGUCAAAGAUGAUUGACUGUUUAACUUCAGUGAAGUCAGUCAAUAAAACUGAUGCAGUGACACUGAUGGCAAACUUUGGGUCGUUACAGGGUAUUGUUAACGCAUCUAAAGAAGAAAUAUCCCUAUGCCCGGGUUUUGGACCACAAAAGGCUGAAAGAUUGAACAAAGUUUUCCACGAGCCGUUCAUCAAGAGUAAUAACAGACUGAAGAAAACGGGAAAAGCCACUGAGAAAGCAGAAAAAACCAGUGAAUGACUCUGAAGAUAAAGAAACUCCUGCAGAUGUCAGUUUAGUCUUCCUGAUAUGAUAAGAAGUACUACGAAACUCAAUAUUCUGUCGGAAUUGACGUUCAGCUAGAGAGUGUAUGCCUGGCCUAUUUCCAUAGAAGGAUCAUUACGGAGCGAAAGAACGGAUUCAAGACAAAACAAUCAAUGUUUUAGCAUCAAUUACGGUGGAGCUUUGUUAACGGAAAUUUCAUAGGCCCUAUUUUCAGGAUCAACAAAUACUAUGUUCAGAGCAUGGAGUUUUUUUACAAGAGAGAUUGUUGGCUGGCAGAAUUAACUGAAGCAGAAGACGUCUCCUAAAAGCUCUCCAUUUCUGUGAAUAUCACAUCGAAACUAGUACCUUAAUUGAAUAUAUUGUAAAAAGAGUAUAGAAACGUUCAAAUGUCUCAUUUUUACGCAAGAAGUGGUAUGAAUUCAUGCAUCGAUGUAUAAUUGUUUAUAAUUUUUAGAAGUUAGAAGUAAAGAACAGAAGUUGUGAGUAUUUUUAGAAUGGCGUCAUUCAUGCUUCAAAGAAACUAUGAGAAAGUUGAAGUUAUUUGAAAUUGAAUCAGCAGAAGCUUUAAUUUCAAAUAAAGAUGGUUUGAAUUCUAGGAUGACGGGAUUACGGUUUGAAAAAUUAUGUAAAAUCCGUAUUGAUUAGGUUUUAUGUGAAGGAUCGAAUUAAAUGGAUCGGAAUAUGGAACGUUCGAUCGAAGGAGGUCUCUUGAUAAGUAAGGUUGUAC